AUGCCUCCUGCAAAGAGGCAGCGGACUGAAUAUGAUCAUGGAGAAAACGAGCCCGCAUCGUCCACAUCUGAAGCAGGAUCUCCCCCCGCUUCAUUUCCACCGUUAGAAGGGCAGACGCUGGAUGAAACUCAAGGCAGAAGCGCUGAGGCAGUUCUACUGAACGGGCAUUCCCGAACCUGGCACGACGCUCUUACAUUACUUGCGAGAGUCUGCGACGAAGAUGGGACGGAAACGAAUGACGCCGAGGGACAGUUACUGUCUCCAGAAGGGCAGGCAAGCAUGAGACAAGCCGGACCUGCUUCUUUCCCCUUCAUUGGGAGCACCGUCUCACCGGACACCAAAGCUGCAUUGCGAGCCUGGUCGAAUCUCCGCUUCGUACGUGGUGGGCUGUUUACGGCUGAAGAAGCAAUGGAUAUGGUUGACCAUUUCUACACGUACCAGGCACCCUUUUCUCCGGCCACCCCAGAGUAUUAUGCACAUCAUAGCAAGCAUCACCUCCUCAUCGAGGAAGAGCCCAUCCUGACCAUAACGAUAUUGAUGAUCGGCUCUCGAUACCGGAAAUGGACUGGGCCAGCAGCGAUAUCGAGAUCCCGCGUCAUUCACGACCGACUCUGGAGGUAUUUGCAAGGGAUGAUUUCGCGUCUCUUCUGGUUUGAAGACAACUUUGUUGGCGAGUUUACCUCACUGAGUGAUCCGUCGAGUAGUAUGCAGAAACGAGGUCAAGAUUCGGUGCGGUCCAUCCGGUUUCGCACUUUGGGCACUUGCGAAGCUCUCUUGUUGGUGCUGGACUGGCAUCCUAGCGCCCUCCACUUUCCGCCGAUUGAUGAUGAUACAACGUCCAUUGUGAUUGCAGAAACACCAAACACUCGAGAUUUGAGCAUGUCGAGCGGUGAGUAUGAGACAGGGGCAGGUCACCUGUGGCUGGCUCGCUCCGGCCACUUAUGUCGUUCGAUGCUUUCCACCGUGUCCAUGCUUGCCACGGAACUUGGAUUCUUUGAUGGGAAAGAAGGACCUUCGACAUACUAUUCUGAGUACCGCGAGCGUUUAUACAGAGCUCCAUCGACUCGUCAGAGAGCGCAGUCCCUGCAAUAUUUGAUUUGGAUAUAUGCUACGCAGCAGCAAACAGGCCCGCCGAGUUGGAGGAUCAGCACGCCAACCCCUUCUGCACUGCGUAUGGAAGCUCAAUUGGACAAUACGACCGAGUGCUGGGUCCGCGUGGCGACACUGGUCAAAAGAGCGGAUGAAGCACUGUUCAGGUCUCAACGUCAUACCCAGAAGAUUAUCAGGAAUGGCCAAUACAUCUCGAUCAUGCAGUCAUUUCAACCGCUGCUACAAGAGUUCGUCAUCAAAUUCAAUCAUGCAAAAUUAUCCAGACAAAUGAGACUAAUAUUAUCGAUCGAGUUUAACUAUAUUCAGUUGUGCAUCUUCAGCCUGAGCCUGCAGGCGUUGAUGCUGCGAAAGUGCCAAACCGUGAGCGAUGAGCCCCGAUCCGAUAAUGGUAAACGCCAGAAUUUCAACCUAGACGAAGAGCACCUAAGUCGAACAGCCAAAGCAGCUCGAAGCAUCGUCUCCGUGGUAGUCGAUGAUCUUCUCCCUGAUGACGAUGUAAAGCAUAUACCUGUCCGCUCAUACUCAAGAAUCCUGGGAGCAGCUCUGGUGCUUCUACAGAUUUGCGCAUCAGAGAUGAAGCACGUUCUCGAUGUCUCUGCAACAUUCAGCCACAUCAAGCAACUUGCAGCUGCUCUUGAGACCUGCGUGGUUGACGAUACACACCUCAGCGCUCGGUGGGGAGUGCUUCUGGCUCGAUUAACGGACAGCUUUCAGGCCCGGCUUUCCCAACAACACUUGAGCCUAUCCGAGUUCCAGAGGGGGGAAUUGGGUGCAAAUCGGACUGGAGUCUCAGGGCUGCCUGAAGUUUCGGAAAUAUCGAUUCAAACACCCAAUACGAGUGGCCGCACACAACACCAAAGUCAUCCAGAUCCCGCUUUCAAUCUUCGUACCAAUGUUAAUGGAAUAAGCACCGCAUUACCAGCACCCAACUUCGACGUAUACUCAAUGUGGUGGGAUAUCACGCGUCCCGUUGAUGCCAUGACGGUUGAUCAAAAUACGCGAUAUGGACCUAUUCCCUCCGUGGAAGCCGAGAUGUCUCUACACGAGGUGUCUUUGGGAAACGGCAAUGAUAGCUCAUUCAAUUUUCCGACGAAUUUGUUCUAG